UGAUUACACCUAUUUAUCAGCCUCUUCUGUAAAUAUUGUAGUUAGAAAUGAACGUGACGCAUCAAUUUUAUAUAUUCCCCGACCUUCUGUUCCACAAUAUUGACUAAAUAAAAUCAUUAAUUGAUCAUUUGCUACGGAUUUAUUAACUUUACAUCUCUAUUACCUCCACGAUCGAAUAUUUGGAAUUUUGAUGUUAGUUUUAAACAGUUAUACGAACCGACAUGUGUGAUUUUUAAAGAUGCCAUAAUGGCCAUCGUCGAGGACGUAGAAAAAAACGUUAAAAACAAAAAUCGUAGAAAAGAUAAAGUUAUUGAAGUGCCGGUGACAGAAUCAGAUGAUUUGUUAAGGGAAGAAAGACGCAGUACCGGAAGGGCUUUAGCUACUGGAAUAAUUAUAUUUUUGGUAGGUUUAGGUGUAUACCACGCCGUGGUUUAUGGUUCUUCAAGAUUAUCUGCCCUCGUUGGCGGAUUUAUUAUAAUGUUUUUAUACGUAGUAUCGUUACUUUACGCCUCUCAUAGAAAAAAGAAACUUUUAAGGUCUAAUGAGGCGGCUCUAGAACAAGAAUUGAAGGAGGUUAUUGUGAAAGCCUCAUCAAAAUCUGAGCAACACUUAUCAGAAGAAGGGAAUCGAGAGAUGACUCCAACAAACGAUCGACCAAUAUUCAUUAGAACGUAUUCAGUUGCAUAAAAAUAUCAGAUUUAUAUUUGAAAUGUAAUAUCAAC